ACGGCUACCCAACUCAUGUUCCCAUAUUGUCUUCACCUGCUCCUGUCAUUGGAGGGACUUUAGUAUGAGGAGGAAUUGAUUGACUUUAACAAGUUUCUGUUUAAAAUUAAAAAUAAUAGUUGUUUGUACUCACAUCACUUGUGUUGAUAUUAUUAUUAUUAUUAUUAUUAUUAUUAUUAUUAUUACUAUUGUUAUUAUUGUUGUUGUUGUUGUUUUCCUCUUCACUAUUAUUGUAGUGCAUGUGUAAAUGUACCUAAAUACAUUGUUUAUUAUUAUUUAAUCUAAUGAUAACAUGAUGGUACCGGUAAGUAAGGGCGUCAUCAUAGACCAAUCAGAUUGAGCUACUCCCCAAGCAAGGUGGAGCUGCAUUGCUUUGGGAAGAAAUAUUUUUACGUUGUUUACUUCUUUUCUACUUUAAUUCUGCUCCUUUUGGAAUAAAAUAUUAAAAUCUACAAUAACUCCUUCCCUACCACUGCUCUCUUAGUCUAUAAAAGAUGAUUGAUCUCUGCCAGUGGAGGGCCAGUAUUGGGAGUUGGAACUGUUGUCAAGCAGCUACUGGUCGUCGCAGUCAUUAUGACAGUGAUCAGGAGUCUUUACCUACAAGGGAUUGUACAUCUGGAAGGAACAAGGCUCCUGUUUUUCAAGCAUCAGCUGUAGAUCUGAUAUCAUUUAUUAUCUUUUUCAUCCUUUUAUUCUGUGCAUCAAGACUCACUCCAACAGGUCACUGUACCUCCUUCCAAUUGCUUGUUGGUGAUGAUAUCUUGAAGUGGCUUCAGUUAUGUGUGGGAGCUAGUGUCAUUGGCAGUUUUAACUUGUUCACAGUUUCAUUCAAUUUGUAUUUCUAUUUCCUCCUGAUCCUACUGUCAGGAGAUGUGGAACUCAAUCCUGGUCCUGUAACAGAUAAACCACUAAAACCAGAUGAUGCACCCAGUUUAUUACGUUCUGCCUCUGCUGAGCUCACUGGAAUGAUUGCAAGUACCUUAUACAAAGUAACUGAUUUACUGUAUGCUCAAGGACUAAUAUCACUGGAUACCAAAGAAGAUAUUUAUGAAGGAAAGGAUAAUAAUUCAAAGAAAGCUGGGAGGCUACUCAUUACAUUGCAAAAAUUACUGGAAGCAUCUAGUAAUCAAAAACAAUAUUUGAUCAACGUUUGUUAUAUAUUAUUGAGUCAAAACCUUGUUCCACUAAAAGAAAUUACUGUCCCUAUUUUAAAGGAGUUAGGUAAACUUAUAUCUGAUGAUCAGGAACUGAAAGUCACAAUCAUUCUUCCGCCUGAUGAUGUUCAAGAAUAUGCUGAGAUAUUGAGACAUAGGUAUAAUCUGCAACCCAUUAUAGCUGAAGACUGGCCACCAAGAGUUGGAAAAGACUUCUUUGGUAGAUUGACACUAAUAGAAGGGCAGAAUAUGAUCAAACGAGCAGAGCAACAAAUACAUUGGCACAUGUUGAGAGGAGAAGUUGAUAAAAUUCCUUACCUCUCUGGAAACAGGGAAAUAAAAAUUGAAGAUUUAUUAAAAACUAAAAAUUUUACUCUUCUCAAAAAAAAUAAAGAUGUAGAUGUAGAUCUAUACUCUUCUCAAAAUAUAGUAAUUGAUGGUCCUCCUGGGAUAGGCAAAACAACACUCUGUCGUAAACUGUUGAACAUGUGGUCAAAUGGAGUACUAGGCUGCCUAUUUGACUUGGUACUUUACUGUCCUUUGAGAAAUAGCAAGGUAGCCAAAGCGGAGAAAUUAGAAGAACUUUUUCGGUAUGUUUAUGACUGUCCUACCAUACUAAAUAUAGUUGACUGGGUUUCAAAGAAACAUGGAAAAGGGCUGCUAAUAAUUUUUGAUGGAUGGGACGAGCUAAGUCUGCAACAUAGGGAAUCUUCACUAGUUGCUAACAUUAUUUGUAAUAAUCAGCUAGCAAAAUGUUCGGUGAUUGUUACCUCUCGUAGCUAUGCCACUGCGUCACUUUUAAAAACAUUAAAAUAUGUUAGUAAACAUGUUCAGAUCAUUGGAUUAUCCACAAAAGAAUUAUCCACAGUAAUUAUAAAAACAAUUCAAGAAGAUUCAGAUUUAGCAGAAAAACUUAUCAAUGAAAAUGCAAACAAUGAAUUCUUCAAAACUACUCAAUAUAAUAAGGACUCAGAAUUAGCAGUAAAACUCAUUAAUGAACUCAAGGUACGAGGUGAUGUGCAGUCUUUGUGUUACAUUCCACUGGUUUGUUCAAUGGUCAUCUUAGUUUAUUGUAAGGCUGGAGGACACUUACCAACAACACUCACUCAAUUGUAUGAGAACUUUAUCUUACAAACUAUUCAACGACAUAUAGAAAGAAAGCAUGGAACUGAUCCAGAAACAUUAGUCAGUCUUGAAACAUUGCCAUCAAAAUUAGAUAAGGCUUUAAAAGAACUCAGCUAUUUAGCUUACACCACUCUUGCUGAUACAAAGAUGACAUUUUCAUUACAGCAACUGGACUUGUCUGUAGCUGAAGCAGCAAAGGAGGACUAUCUUGGAUUGCUCACAAAAUUUGAAGAGUUUGGUGAGAAGAAGUAUCAGUUUAUUCAUUUAAGUAUUCAGGAAUUUUUAGCUGCAUGGUGGAUAUCUAAGCAUGACAAUACUGAAACAAUUUUCAAUGAUUAUUUUGACAAUGAACAUUUUAAAAUGUGUCUGAGGUUUGUGGCUGGUCUAACUCAUCUUGAAAAUGAGAGCUAUCAACAGUAUUUUGAAAAGAAAAAACAGUUACAGUGUGAGAGUAGCCCACUUGGAGAUUUUGAAACUAGUUGGUUUAAUGGAUUCAUUCAACAUGCAAGAGGUUUUGAUUUUGAGGAACUGCAGGUUUUACUUCUCCAGUUCCUUUACGAGUCUCAAAAUACAACAUUGUGCAAAUUAUUUACAAAUUCUAUUGAAGGCCAAUCACUGUGUCUUAAUCGUAAGGCUGGUAUUAGUAAUUCAGUCAUCACUAAGCUUUCAUUGUUUGAAUGGUUGUGUUUCAGUUAUCUCAUAAAUAAUGCAGAUUGGGAUCGGUUGGACCUGCAUAAAUUAGAUGAGCAAUCAUUAUCAGUGCUGACUGCUGGAUUGAGCAAUACAUCAUUAGUAAGUCAGUGCCAGAAGUUGAAGGUGAUGCCUAAAAAUAUAUCUGACAGUAAUUUAUUGCUUAAUUUUUUUGCAAAGGCACUACUGCAUAAUAUUCAAGAUAUAAUAGUUUUAUUUGAGCGCAAUACCUGUGACUUGGUUCCUACAUUGAUACAGUUAGUCACUUUACCUCAACUUAAGGUGCUAUUAUUUGGUGGAGAAAUUUGCACAGAUCUUGAUGAGACUACUUAUAUUAGAAAAUGUUCUGAACUUCAGCAAUGCAUCAAAACAAAUUCAAAAUUACAAACUAUUGUUAUAUUUUGUUAUGACUUGUCAACACAUAAACUUCUUGAACCAUUUGUGGCAGGUGUUAUUAAUGGAAUUACCCAAAACAAAAUGAUAACAUCGUUCACAUUAAAACUGCUUAGUUCUUAUUCUGAUCAUCAUGCUCUAACUGAUGGUGUAAUAGAGAACUUACUGAGGAACAACAACACAUUACAAGAUCUUUCCAUCACCAUACCCAAUUGUUACAUUCCGUUACCAGUGAAUAAAAUGAACGUAAUGUCAACAUUGACUUCUCUAGAGAUAGAAUCUGGUAGUAUACUAAUGAACUUGCUCCUUCCCUGUAUCAAAGGAUUAGAAUGUCUGAUACUACCUUUGCCAUACCCCCCACGUCUCAUAUUUGACUCUCAUCCUAAUCUACAACAACUUAAUAUACAACUGGACACAGCUAAGAGUAUUAAUGACCUCUUUACUAUCUUACAAACCAACACCAAGCUUGAAGCUCUGUUAGUGAAACUUGAGAUAGGGAGCAUAUUUACAAUCUGCAGUAUUGGUAGAUGUAAUUAUUCUUAUUAUAAGAAGAAGUGUAUGAGUGCUAGUUCAUAUAUUUCUAUCAUAACUACUGGUAUCAAGCGAAAAAAUUGUCUACAAAAAUUCAGUAUACCUGUUUUCCUUCCUAUUACUAAUGAAAAAUUAAAAAGUUUCUUAAACGUCAUAUCUAAAAAAUAUAGUUUCAGAGAACUUGAAGUUCACUUCAAACUAGAUCAGACAUGCUACUACUUUCUAAAUGACGAGAAAAAGAUAAUGAAAACUUUUUUUUACAAACAAAUAUUACCUGAUAUCUUUCAUAUGCUACAAUCACACCCAACCAUCACAAAAAUGAGUAUAGUGUGUGAAUAUCUUGAGGAGUCAUCUGAUACUAAUACAACAGCAAUAGAGGAGUUAUUCCAUCGUACACGAUUCCCAUCACUCAAGCAAUUGGAAAUCAAAAGAACAGGAAGUCAAUGUAUGAUCAAGACUUUUACAAAGAAUGUAGUGGAAUACCUAUACUGGGGCCUAUACCGCUAUCCAAUUACUCGUGAAAUAAAAAUGUAUAUACAUUAAAUAUUGUAAUAAUUAUACAGCUUACAUGUAAGUUUACCAUUUUGUGUGCUACUUAAACAAAUUUGAUCUUAUUGCUAUUUGCAACACUAAUUAUUAUUAGCUUAAUGUGUGGUAAAAAGAAACUAAUUAUUUGUUUCUUUGUAAAAUUCUUUUGCUUUAUUAUUAUUUUAUUGCUAAUAAUAUUA